GGAUCCUGUGGAGAUGGAGCCAGUCCAGGAGCUGUUGUUCAUCCUGGGGGUUCACUGCUCUCUCUGUGUUUGUUUCCAGCCACUCUGGGCCCCCCCAAGGUGAACAGAGUGAGUGCCAGCUCGGACUCGCUGCUCCUCAGUGUCAGCCCCCCUUUCACACCCGAGCCUGGGGACAGUUUCCAGUACCGUGUGUUCUACUGGGAGAACUCAACAAGUACCACGAGAAAGGAACAAGAGGCACACAAGACACUAUUGCAGAUUGAAAAACUAAAGGAGUCGACACUUUAUUGCUUUAGCCUUCAAGUAGAAUUUGAGGGAGUCUUUGGCAACCUGUUAGGACAGGAAAGCACCCCAAGGUGUCACAGGACUGCCGUCAGUGAGGCAACCAGAGCCGUACAAAUCACCCUGCUGUGCCUCCUGGGGUUAGUCCUUGUCAACCUGGCGACAGCCGGGUUGCUGUUCCUGUGGAAACACCACCAGAAAAUCAAACAGUGGGCUCAGCCGCCUCUGAAAAUCCCCUCCCACUUCGAAGAGUUCCUCAGGGACCCCACCAUGCCUGGCUUGGAGGAGUUGGACAGUUCCAUGGAGGACGAGCCCCAGGUUGUUGGAGCUGGAGAAGGAAUCCAAGCCUGGAGCAGCAGCCCAGGGUGACGACUCUUCAUCCAACACCUGCACGCCCAGGGAAACCACUGAAGAGCCACCCCAGUGAGUGUCACCUGCUCCAGGCUUUCCAGCAGCUGCUCCUGUGCUGUGGCUGCUGCCAGGACAAUCCUGAGCAGAACAUGGGAUGUGUUCCAGGGGCUUCUCCUGAGCUCCCCCAGCACCUCGUUCUGCCAAGGACACUGCAAAGGAGGAACACGGAAACGAAAGGAACACUAAACUCCUAAAGGAGGUUAAAUUCCCACCCCAGGUUGGAAUAAAGCUUUGAGGAAUAGCAGCACUUUACAGGAGGAUGGAGGAGAACGUGGGAUUUUUCAGGGAGUGAAUCAUUGCAAUGUGAAUUCCUUUUAGAGUUGAUUUUCUUUGGUUGGCAAUAAUACUCUUGUUAUACCCACCCCA